UGCGGCAGACCGCGUCACCCGUCCCCAUGGCGACGGGUUUGUUGCUUUCCUGCUUGGAAGGCGCGGGCCGCCGAGGAGCUGCUGCUGCUGCGUCGUCGUCCCGCGAGAGGACUGUCCGGAGGUGAAGAUGGCCAAGCUGCUGCAAGCGCCCCCUAAGUUCCUGCCCCCCGAAUGGCACAUUGCCAACAAGGCCCAGUACAGCGGCGCCGAGGCCCAGUGGUCCCGCUCUGAGCGCCUGGUGGAUGAGAGCCAGCGCCUGGUGGACGAAAUUGAGAGGACGACUCAGAGGACCCAGAGCGACGUCAACAAGAGGAUAGAACAGAGACUUGAGGAGAUCAGGUUCUGGAAGCAGCAACUGGAUGACAAGCUUGACCAGAUUGUGAAGGAAACCGAGGUGCUUCUGACGUUCAAGACAAGGCUGGAGAAAGCACUAGAGGGCUGCAAGGAGCCCCUUUUCAUCGCUCAGGAGUGUCUCCUAAACCGGGAGAGGCGGGUCGGGAUUGACCUGGUCCACGAUGAAGUGGAGCGGGAGCUGAUCAAGGAAGUGGAGGUUCUCCAAGGGGUCGUAGCUCUGCUUGAGCGUACGCUGGAGCAAGCCAACGAACAAAUUAGGCUUAACCGCUCAGCCAAGUACAACCUAGAGAAGGACUUGAAAGACAAAUUCACCGCCUUGACAAUUGACAACUAUUGCUCCAGCCUCACCAACAACGCACCCGACAUCGGAUAUGCCCAAAACGUUGUGAAGGUCGAGGAGAGUUCAGUGAGCCCUGAAGAAUGGGUAGAUUUCUCAAACGUGAACGUUGAAAAAGCCGACAGGCAGCGCAACAACUCCCUGGCGCUGCGAGCCCUGAUUGACAGCAUCCUGUCCCAGACAGCCAGUGAUGUGCGCAAGCAGAACGACGUGGUGAACGUCGCCUUCCGGAACAGGGUGAAAGAGACCAAGCGUGCCAAGAGCCUGCUGGAAGCGCACCUGGCGAAGGUGAUGGAGGAGGUCAGCUCGCAGGAGAAGAAUAUCGAGUCCCUGAAGAAGGCCAUCCUGGACAAGGAGGGGCCAGCCAAGGUGGCCCAGACCCGCCUAGAGACCCGGACUCAUCGGCCCAACGUGGAGCUCUGCCGGGAUCAGGUGCAAUUCCGGCUCAUGCGGGAGGUGCAGGAGAUCGGCCACAACGUUCAGAGGCUGAAGGACACGCUGGCACAGGCCCAAGCAGAGCUGAAAGGGCUGAACCGCCGGCAGCUCUCCCUGGAGGAGGAGACUGAGGUCAAAGCCAACAGCCUCUACAUUGAUGAAGUGCUCUGCGUGCAGAUGAGAGAGUCCAUCGCUGUCAACAACUUCUGAUGUGGCAAGGCUGGCCAAACCUGCCCCCUGCAUGGACACCCCCCCCCAAUAACCCCGACCCUCCCGCAGGGCUUGCCUCUACUUUAAACUUUCUAUGAGACAAUAAAGUGCAGAAACUCC